AUGGUGCAUCCUCAACCGCAUAAAUCGCCAUCACCAGAACCAUCGCUGGCGAAGGUGAAAGAGGCGAUGAAGGACGAUGCCGGCACAGCAGCGUGCACGAUCCUGUCGAUUGAGCCGGAAGGGGCAACCCGCGACAUUGAACAGGAGCUAUUUCUGAGCGAACCACCUUUGUUUGGCGUGAGCUCACUCAACUCGGCUAAGAUCAUGGAAGUUCCUGCCUUAACGGCACCGAGAGCACCACCACGACCGUCACGCGACCGGACAUCAAGCGUUAACUAUCUAAAGGGCCAAGUGGCACGCUCUCAACCAGUUCCGACAUCGACAUUUUCGUCCACGGUGGUGGAGUUCGUUCAUGAUGUUACUUUACAACAUCAAUCUCAAGCGCAAAUGGUCGAAAAAGUGGAAUGGGUGGAGUUGCAUAGCAUUGAGAAAGGUUUGAAAUAAAC